ACGAUAACUUGCCAAUCGUCUCAGUUUGUUUUGAUUUGUUGCUUUGGCAAAGCACAGUUUGUGUUGAUUUUUGUUAGGGAAAUUGUUACUUUGUAAUAUAAGAUUAGAUUUCGGAAAAGAGUCAAAUCAGCCGCCAUGCCCAAAAGGAAGCUCUUGACCGACUCGGGGAUACAACCCAAACAACCCAAGAUCGAGAUUAGACUUCCACCGGAAAUUUGGCAGAAAAUCUUCCUCAAUCUGCCCCUUAAAGACCUGAUCGUGGCUCGUCUCACCUGCCACCGCUGGCGGGACGCCAUCGGAAGCAGCCCCGGCCUGAGGGACAAAUUUUGGCUCAAGUUUCCCCACGAUCGCAACAUCACCAUGAUCAACCGGAACUACAAACCUCCCGGGACCGUACCGGCCUCGAAUGUGAUGUUCCAGUUGGACAACUACUCCAAGAUUGGGAGCAUCGCGGCGUGGUGGCCGCAGGUCGCUUCAACGGUGACCUGUCUCGUCAUGUGCGGGUGCGAGUUCCCGGUGGACGUGUUGCGCCACGCACCGAACCUCAAAUCGCUGCAUCUGAUUUCCGCGAGGUUCGGAAGGACGGGCAGGGUUAACUUCAAGUUGAUCAAUCUGAGGAGACUAUCGCUCAAAAAAUCCCGCCCAGGCCCGUUAGCCCGUCUGAUCACCCGGCUGGAGGUGCUCGAGUUCGCGAUUGUCGAUGAGGAAGAUGGAGAAAUCGACGAAAUUGUCGGGUUGAUCCAGUCAGCCAAGAGCAGCCUCAAAGAGCUGGUUCUGGACGUUCCGCAAGGCUAUCUGAGGAAGCUUUCGCUGUUGACGGAGCUGAAUCUGAGGAAGGUUAAAUUGCGUGACAGUUACGGCUACUGUUAUGGCUUCUUCGAGGCAAUAGUUCAGUUUGUUGAAGCACAUCCAGCGAUCGAAGAACUGUCUUUGUUCAAUCCUCUUGAACUCCACCAUGUUCUACGAGCCCUCCCAAAUCUCAAGCGGCUUUUUCUGGGCUUUUCCUAUCCCCACGUUGGGCACGAAGGCGGGUAUCUUCCAGAAGAGAACGUCUUGCCGGAGAUUCCGAACGUGGCGCUGUCCAACUUGGAACAUCUCCAAAUCGACGGCAAGGCAGGAACCGCUGGCUGGCCAACCCUCCUGAUCCAGCAAGGCGCUCGGCUCCCUAAACUAAAGCAACUGUGUCUUGGCUCCGUUUUCAUACCGGAUGAUUCCCUGAGCGAACUACUUCGGCAUUCGCCCGAUUUACGCUACAUGACUCUCACCAUGUGUGAUUUCGACAGUUGGCAUCAACUGCUUUCGCUAAUCACUCAGCCCAAGCGAUUGCAACGCCUCAGCUUCAGCGUUUCUGGAGUUACCAACGUAGAGGACGAUCCGUUCAACUGCCCGGUACCGGUCACCUCGCUAACGUAUCUCAAAGUCGGCGCUCCGGGUAACGUUCCGAGCGAUAAACUGCGCACCGUUUUCAGGCUUUUUCCCGCGGUGACGGAGCUCCAACUCCAGGACGCUGCUUAUGACGGCGGAUUUAUUGAGGAGAUGUGCCGAAGCUUGGCUCAGCUGGAACGGCUGUCCGUGAACGGACUAGGGGUGAGCUGCGAGGCGACGACCCACCUGAGGCAGUACUGCCACAAGCUGCGCUAUUUGUGGCUCGACGAGUCCUGGGCGAUACCCCCGGAAGAUAUUGCUUACUUUUCGAAACGUUUGGAUAACUUUUACUACAAUCGAAUCAAUUCCAGUGGAGAAGAUUCCGAUCUUCUGGACAUUUUGGAAAUCUUGAGGCAGCUGAGCGAUGAGUUGUCAGUUCUUUUGAACUAUUGUUGAAAUGUUUUGUUUGUUUUGUUACACUGUCAAAUCAAUUACAAUAAAAUACAAAUUGUUAGUUCACAA